AUGGAGCCGGCGUUCCGGCACGGCAAGAGCAGAGCCUUCAUCUCCAGCGCGGAGCUCAGCAUGAAGCAGGGAGCCGCGGGUGCCCCCGAGGGCAGGUCCCGCUUCCAGAAGGUCUCGCUGGUGUCGCGGCGCCUGGAGAGCAGCACCGGGAGCGCUCGGGGCCGGGACGGGAGCCCCUCCCGCGUGUCCCUCCUGCUGCAGGCCUGGGAGAGGGAGAUCGUGGAGAAGACGGGCUCCAGCUCCCCGACCCAGCGGGAGCACUCGCCCUCCCUCAGCCUCCUCAAGGACUUCACGGCGCACGGCCCCAUCUUCUCGCAGGUCUACGCCCCGGCGCAGCGGCCCCGGCGCCAGGACGAGCGGGGGAAGGGGGGUCCCGGCGGUGACGGCUCCCCCUCCCCGGCCGGAGCCCCCCGCGAGGUGCCCGUGCACAGGGAGAGCUACGUGCACGGCACCCUGCUGCCCACCCGCCCCGCGGGGGCUCCCGGUGCCGCUCCCGGUGCCCCGAGCGCCGCCAAGCCCGGCCGCGCCCCCGCCGUGCCCAGGGCCAGGCAGGUCACGGUGCUGCGCACGGGCAGGGACGCGGCCGCACCGCGGGGGGCUCCAAAUGGGACAUGCGACACUGCCGGGGCCACCAGGAGGGACAGCCCCGGGCAGGAUGGCAGCGGCUCUGCUGUGGCCUCAGCGGGCGGGGAGGACUCGCCGGGCACCACAGAGGCCGCUGGGCUCCUGGCCGAGGGAUCCCCCGAGGAGAAGGACUCGGCACAAGCUGAGCCUACUCCGGUGAGGGCAAGUCCGGGGGCCGGUGACGGGCCCGGGGACCCGCAAACCAGUCAGACCAGCUCCCCGCAGUGGCCCUCGGCAGGCGCCGCUGGCCAGGCUGAUCCGGCUGGCGCAGGUGAGGGAAGCGUGCCAGACGGGGAUGGCAGCAUUUCAGCCACGCCACCGAGGACAGAGAGCCCCCCGGGAGCCGGCAGCACCCCCGAGAACCCCCCCACAGAGGCGGGCGAUGGUCCAGAGCCUUCAUCCGAAACAGCAGCGUCAGAAAAGGCUGAGAUUGAGCUGGAGGGGGAUGAGACGACGGGAGACCCCCAGGGCACAGCCCAAGAGCCUGAGAGCAUCCCAGAGCCACCCACCGAGCCCCCAGCCCCUGACCCCCCGGCUGAGAGCCCCCAGGACGCGGCCGAGGAGGACCCCGAGCUGCUGGUGGACAUGGAGAUCUUGGUGGACACUCUGCGCAACAUGGAGCCCUCGGAGAUGCGGAAGGCGCCCAAGGCCCCGCGGCAGCCCCGCCCGUCGGCGCUGGGCCGCUGCGCAGCCCUGCCCCCCAUCCACGAGCACCGCGUGGCCCCCCGAGCCCCCCUGUCCCUGCCCCAGGCCCUGCGGGAGCUGCUGGCCCGGGGCCCGGCGGGGCGGCCCCAGGAGACCCCCGAGGAAGAGGAGGAGAUCGAGAAUCCCUACCUGAGCCCCGAGGAACGGGCGGCCAAGGGGACCCUCCGUGGGGAGCCCAGGGACAGCGUGGGGGGCCAGGGGUGGGUGGAGGUGGGCUCACUCCUGGGGACACUGGGAGAUGAAAAAGCCAAACUGGUGGCCGGGGGCCCGGCUGAGCAGAGUGGGCUCUUCCGAGGGAACGUCCUCAAGGGCAUGGCGCUGCUCUCGCACUUUUUGGAGCAGCGGGCAGCUGGAGCUGAUGAGGGCAAGCCCUACUCCCGCCUGGACAACAGUGUCCUUUACAGCCGCUUCGUGGCCCCCGGCGCCGCCCUGCUCGAGCUGCCCGACGGCGACGGGGCCACAGACUCACCCUGCCUCAGGGACCACAACGGGCUGGGCUCUGGUGGCCAUUCUGGCCCCGAGAUGGCCAUGCUGGAAGCUCUGAGUUCUGGCUCUGUCCCUCCCUUCACCGAGGAGCCAGAGAGCACCGCGACCCUGAGCCUGGACCAUGUCCUGGAGGAUAAGGAGGGCUUGGAGAAGAUCAACACAAGACCUGGCAAGAUCAUCCUGUACUCCGACUCCGGCUUCGCGGGGCAGAAACGGGAGAUCUGGGACGAUGUCCCAGACGCCACGUCCUGGGAGCUGUCUCACACCAUCUCCAUCCGAGUCAUCCGAGGCGGGUGGGUGAUGUACGAGAAGCCGCGGUUCCGCGGGCGCAAGUGCGUCCUGGCCGAGGGGGACGUGGAGAUCGACAACCCCUGGACGGCGUACGGGGACAGCAAGGGGGACAGCGGGGACAGCAAAGGGGACAGCGGGCAGCGCCGCGGGAGCCGCCCGUUCCGCAUCGGCUCCUUCAAGCGGGUGGUGCGGGAUUACCGCACCCCCGAGAUCAGCCUGUUCGCCGAGGAGAACGGCGAGGGCGCCCGGCUCCGCUUCAGCGGCUCGGCCGAGGACACCCGGCAGCGGGGACAGGCGCUGGCUGCCGCCUCCAUCAUCGUCCACUCGGGCCUGUGGCUGCUUUACUCCAAGCCUUUCUUUGAUGAUGAUCCCUACGUGCUGGAGCCGGGCGGGUACCCCAAUUUAAAGGCUUGGGGAGCCAAGGACCCAUCCAUCUGCUCCAUGCAUCCCAUCAGGCUGGGCUGCCCCGUCGUGGAGAGACCUGGUGAGCCACAGGUGUUGAUCUAUGAGGCUGCAGCUUUCCAGGGCCGCAGCUUCACCAUCAGCAGAGAUAUCUACGAUCUGAAGCGUGUGCCUGAGCCAGCCCUGCCCACCGUGGGCUCCCUGAGAGUGCUGGGGGGCUGCUGGGUUGGCUACGAGAAGGAAGGUUUCCGUGGCCACCAGUACCUGCUGGAGGAAGGGGAGUACCAGGACUGGAGGCACUGGGGUGGCUACAGCAAGGAGCUGGUGUCCCUGCGGCUGAUCCGGACGGACUUCUCUGACCCAGCACUGGUCCUGUUUGAGGCCAUGGACUUUGAGGAGGGGCCAAGUGUGGAGCUGAGCGAGGCGCUGCCUGACACGCAGCUGGCUGGCUAUGGCACUGUCACCCAGUCCAUCCAUGUGCUGAGCGGAGUCUGGGUGGCCUACGAGGGCCCCAACUACUCUGGCGAGCAGUACAUCCUGGAGAAGGGGGUGUACCGCAGCUGCGAGGACUGGGGGGCCACCGACUGCCACAUCGCCUCAGCACAGCCCAUCCUGCAGGUCAGGGAACACAACCUGCACUUCGUCUCCAAGAUCCUGCUUUUCUCAGAGCCUGACUUCUUGGGGGAUCACAUUGCCUUUGAGGAGGACCAGGUGGCCCUGCCCGAAGCCUUCAUCCCACGCUCCUGCCGAGUCCGUGGGGGCAGCUGGAUCCUGUUCGACGGGCAGGACUUUGCUGGGGAGCAGCACGUGCUGUCUGAGGGUGAGUACCCCACGCUCAGCGCCAUGGGCUGCCUCUGCUCCACCGCCAUCCGCUCCUUGAAGAAAGUUCCACUGUUUUUCUCGGAACCCUCCAUCUUCCUGCACGGGCUGGAGUGUUUCGAGGGGAAGGAGAUCGAGCUCAACUCCGAAGUGCGGAGUCUGCAGGCAGAGGGUUUCAACAACCACGUGCUGUCGGUGCGGGUCAAAGGAGGGAUCUGGGUGCUGUGCGAGCACGGAGAUUUCCGAGGGCGGCAGUGGCUGCUGGACUGCACCGAGAUCACCAACUGGCUGACCUACAGCGGGCUGCAGCACGUGGGGUCCCUCUACCCCAUCCGCCAGAGACGGAUCUACUUCCACAUCAGGAGCAGGAAGCUGGAGCUCUUCCUCUCGGUCCCUGACGAUGUGGAGGACAUGAAGGCAGGGCGGGUGGUGGUCUCCAGCCUGAGCGAGCAGAGCAGCUCUGUCUGGUACUACGAGGAUGGGCUGAUCAAAAACCAGGUGGCCCCCACCAUGAGCCUGCAGGUCAUCGGGCCGGCGGGGAAGGGCGCCAAGGCCGUGCUCUGGUCCGAGACGCGGAUGCCGCGCCAGACCUGGAGCGUCGACUCUCAGGGACGGAUCCACAGCCAGAUGUUCGAGGACAUGAUCCUCGAUGUCAAGGGCGGCCGAAGCUACGACCGGGACCACGCCAUUGUUUGGGACAUGGCUGAUGAAAGGCCCACACAGAUCUGGGACAUCCAGGUGCUGUGA